GGAUCUUUGACCUGGUGGCCUGGAUGAGGGCGCUACGGACAAAAACAAAUAAAGAUUAUGAAAUAAUGUGUUUGCUAAGAUUGAUAAAAUGAUUUGAUACAUUUUGGAGAAGUAAAUGCUUUUGUAGGGAAAAUGGUUCUAUGCACUGUGGUUGGAGGAAGUGGAUUUCUUGGCCAGCAUCUAGUCGAGAAACUGUUGGCCGAUGGUUACGUUGUCAGGGUAUUUGAUAUCAAGCAUUCAUUUGACAAUAAAGCUGUGGAAUUUCAUAUUGGAGAUUUAUGUCAACCAAAGGAUCUGUUACCAGCGUUAGAAAGUGCAGAUAUUGUGUUUCACUGUGCCUCACCCUCUUCAGCGUGUAUCAACAAAGACCUGUUCUACAGAGUAAA